AUAUUAUUCUCUCUCAAUGACACCUCAUUUUCGUUCUCUUUCUCUCUAACUAACUCUUCUUCUUCCUUUAACAAACCAUAUCUUCUGUUUCUUCUUCAUCUUCACUCAUCUCUCUCAUUACAUAAACCUUCUCAUCAAUGCUAGCUCAUUCUUGAUCCUAUUACAAUUCCAUCUUCGCCACCUUGAAGAAAAUUCUAUUCAUGUAAAAAAUGUUUGAAGGAUUAUUGAAGCCGAAAAACUAUACAAAAUGCAAAACAGCCUUGAAAUUAAUCAAGACGAGGCUAGACACGAUACGAAAGAAGCGAAACGCGGUACAGAAAUUUCUCAAGAAAGAUCUCGCUGAUCUUCUCAGAAAUUCUCUUGAUUAUAAUGCAUAUGGAAGGGCUGAAGGGCUUUUGGUGGAGCAAAAUAUGUCAGCUUGUUAUGAACUCAUAGCGAAAUUUGUUGGAUGUGUAUCGGAUCAUGUUCGCGAUAUUUGUAAACACGAGAUUUGUCCCGACGAAUGCAAGGAAGCUAUACCGUCAUUGAUGUAUGCUGCUGCGAGGUUUUCUGAUCUUCCAGAAUUGCGCGAGUUGAGAACUUUUUUUACAGAAAAAUAUCGUAAUUCUCUUGAACCUUAUGUGAACAAAGAGUUUAUCGAGAGAUUGAAGCAAAAUCCUCCUUCGAAAGAAAUGAAGAUUCAACUAUUGCAUGAGUUAGCACAAGAAUCCUCUAUAGAUUGGGAUAUGAAGGCUUUGGAACAAAGACUUUAUUCACCUCCUCUUUCGCGUCAGGAGAAGGAAAAGCCUAAAGAUGAUGAACAAGAUGGUUAUGAUAACAUGAACCCGAAAAUAGAUGAUGUAUGGUGGAGUGUGCAAAGAAGCACUGACAGUGAAACAACUAUUACUGAUAGUUCAUCGCAGGAAGGCCAAAAGGCUUGUUCAAGUUCAUUAGAAAAUGUAUCCGACGACAACAACGAAGAACGAGAAAUUAAGAAACUGUUUACAUCGAAGUUUGAUCCACCUCCUUAUUUCAGAGAAAAUAAAUUCGAAAGCAAUCUGAAGAAAGCAUCUGAAUCUCCACCUGAAAAACCAAAACCAAGAUCAGUGAGAAGAAGACCUCUUAAACCACCGCCGAAUGAAAACGCGGUGAAAGAUUUUUCUAAAACAGGUGCUGCAUUUGAAGAAAAGAUGGUGGAUGAACUUCUAAUGCACUAUAGUCAGAAACAACCUCCUUAUGAAUAUGAUAAGGCGCAAAAUAAAAGGCCUGUAAAAUCGAUUUCUCAAAAAGAAACAAGUAUGAUGGAAACAUUACAAGGACAUGGAAGAUCUACUUCCUUAGCACCUGAGAUGUUGAGAACAACAACAAUAAAACAUGUGCAUCCUAGUUUACCUGAUUAUGAUGAUUUGUCUGCACGUUUAGCAGCUCUCAGAAGAACAUAAUGAUAAACUGUUAUACAAUUUUUUUGGCUUGGUUAUUCUUACUUGUUAUUCAUUCUCAAUCUGCAUAUACUUUAUUUCUAUGUUUGUACUUAAAGAUUUGAAUCAGGAUAUAUCAGUUGUCUAUACUGUAGUUUUUGACACAAUGAGUAUGUACAAUUUAAGGGUUGAGACUUCUUCACAAAUUUGAGAGCUAAUAUGGCUAUUCUUACAAUUUUAAUGACUAAAACGUUAUGUACGCAAGGCAGUGCCUUAGUUAAGGGCACAUGGAUCAAGUUAAAGAAAUGACUAAAACUCGAAGCCACAGGUUCUCUAAUGAAAUGUCUGUGUCAAUGUGUUUUGACCUCUCAUCUCUCGUGAGUUUUAGGCCGAGAUGCUAUCACUGCACACCGUAGCAGUAUUGGUUUUAACAUCCAAACUUUUCAACAACUGCUUCAUCCAUAAUAGUUCAGAUGUCAAAGCUGACAUGGUUUCCAUAUUCUGCCUCUGCAGAGAGUCUGGCAAUAGUAGGUUGUCUUAAGAUAUUAUGGAUAUGUA